AUGGAUGACCCUAACUUACAAAGCAACGUCAACAUUCUCAUGCAGAGUGGACUUUCGAUAGGUGAAAAUUCUCAAAAGGAAUUAACAGAACUUCAGCUACACACCGCGAUGGCGGGCGCUAAUAUCACUAUUGAUACAUCUCUCUUGGGGGAUCGAUCCAUUUCACCUAAACCAAAGAACCUCGCAUUGCCGGUGUCUGGUGUCAACGAUGACGGCUCAAAUGGCGUUCCUAUGACUACAGUUCCGAUAAGUGCAUUAGCUCCCGGAAAGCUUGGGUUGCAAUUAGGCGACUUGGAAAAUGUUACGUUGUUUAACACCUCGGAUGGCCAAGCGUUAGAACUCCAGGCUUUCCCUGGGGGGGCGCAGGCUCUUCAAGGCAUUCAGACCGUGAAGCUGACUUUGAUUAAUUGCGGUGACCAACAAACAAUAUUGUUAACUACCCCAUCCACCCAAAUUUUGGGAAGUGAUCAAGGUGAGGGUGUCACCCUUGCAAUUCCUGACAAUAUAUUUGGCUCAGAUUUGAGCCUCUCCGGCCUUACGAAUCCUGUAAACUCCGUCUCAAUGGGAAACCAUGUUGAGAAUGAGCAUCUGAAUGCACCCAAGCUCAUAAGCUAUGCCAAUUUGACUGCUCUCCCUCCAAUUGCCUCUGUGUCUGAAAGACUCUAUAAUCACCAGUCCCAAAUCUCGAAUUCUAUCGAACUCGGCCCUUCAGAAAUGCAUCGACAACCAGGUUAUGCUAUUCAGGACCUCAAGCCAGUUGUACAGCAAAAUGGAGAAAAAGUUAAUGGUAGCCUAGAUAAUUGCGAUAAAUCGCUUCCUGAUGUUGGUAUUCACCCUCCGCAAUCAGUUCAAGCUAUUUCCGAUUUUAAUUCUAGCUCCGUUGCUCCAAUGUCCGGUGAUGGUCUUCCUCCUGGUGCCACUUUUGCACCUUGUAAUGAAGUAAAAACACUCAAAAGUUUGGAUCUAGGUAAGUCUCCAGAUCUGGUUGAUAACUUUGCACUAGAUUUAGAAAAUAUUCCUUCCAGUCCUCAGGAAAGCAUCCCUGAAGGUGAUCGUGGACGCGGCAGCACGCCCCCUUGCGAAAUAGAGGAGCUUAAUACUAAGGUACUUCGAUUUUUUAUAAGUGACGCCUGA